AAAAAAAAACCGUCUCCCUCCACCACCACCUCUCUCUCUCUCUCUCUCUCUCUCUCUCUCUCUCUCUCUCUCUCUCUCUCUCUCUCCCAUUUUUCAAGCCCACUUCUUCCUACUCCGUUUUCCCCUCUCCUUAAUAACCACUCCUCUAUCCUAGUUGACCCCAAACUGUCAAUUUGUUUCCUUCACUUCUUCUUCCAUUUUCCCUCCCUCCCUCUUCACCCAGCUAAUUAACCCCCCAUGCAAGUUUUGGUAACUAACAUAAUGGAGUAUUAGCUUUCCUAUUUUUGCUAAAGUAUGUAUCCAUUAUAAACGAAAAUCAUGAAAACAGAACGAAAGCAAAAAACUUACCCCUCCCACUCCCCAGGAAACACACACACUCUCUCUCUCUCUCUCUCCCACGUCCCCCAUCUCGAAUUAGAGCUUUCUGUUUGCAUCCCACCUCUCCAAUUUUCCUGAACUUUCCUCACCGCUUCUAGCUAUGACCAAAUUUUCGUCAACCCAUUAAUCCCACUUUACAACAAACCUAGCUCUCGUGAAAAACACAGCUCCAGAGACAUGUUCGAUUUCUUGUUUGGAUGGAGGAAAGCCUCCUACUGUAAGAGGCUGAUAACGCAAGUGCAGUGCCGUCUGAAGCUGGUGAAGAACAAGAGAUGCUCGAUCGUGAGGCAGUCACGGGACGACGUCGCCCAGCUUCUCAAAGAUGGCCAUGAACAGAGCGCCCAGCUUCUCAAAAAGGUUGAACUGAUCGUCAAGGAUGAAAGCAUAGUAGCUGUGUAUGAUCUGCUGGAUCAUUUCUGUGAAUUCAUCAUCAUUAAUCUGUCAUAUAUCCGUAGCCACAAGGACUGUCCUAAUAAUGUCAAUGAGGCAGUGUCAACUCUUAUAUUUGCAUCAGCAAGGUGUGGGGAUCUGCCCGAGCUUUCGAAGAUACGGAAGCUCUUUGGAGAGCGUUAUGGUCAGAGCUUCGCCUUGGUUGCUCUCGAAUUACUACCCGGGAAUCUCGUUAAUCGACAGGUUAUGGAGAAUCUGUCCAUAACAUCAGUACCAGAUCAUGUGAAGUACAAAUUGGUGGAUGAAAUAGCCAGGAGUUGCCUCGAGCCAGCGCCUUUGGCACUUGAGUACUACUCGGAGCUGGAGCUAGAGCAGCAGAUGAAUAAAAGCAAGGGAGAUCAAGUUCCAGGACGUGAUGUUCAAGUGAAUUGCUGCAAAAGUAAAGAACAUCAAGUGCAUGAUUUUAGCAUCAUGGAGGGAGAAGGAAAGCUUGUGCAUGUGGAUUUUACAUCAGAGAGCAGAAAUCUUGUUAUUCAACCAUGCUACUCUCACCAGGGCUCCGAUGCUACCACCGGAGGAAGCAUCAGUCCUGUUUCACUGCCUUGGUCUGUGAACCGGGAAGACGGAGGGAGAGUUGGAAACUAUGCCCACCCGGGAUCUCCAUAUGAAUCAAAAAUCCCAGCCCCUUCGGUUGAUAAGGGAGUGGGGAUGGCUAUAGAGUCUUCUUCAGAUAGUUCAUAUCGGUUGCCCAAGGAAAUGGUGGGGAUGGCUAUGGGGAUGGCUAUAGAGUCUUCUUCAGAUAGUUCAUAUCGGUUGCCCAAGGAAAUGGUGGGGAUGGCUAUAGAGUUUUCUUCAGAUAGUUCAUAUCGGUUUCCUUGUAGUUCAUAUCGGUUGCCCAAGGAAAUGGUGGGGAUGGCUAUAGAGUCUUCUUCAGAUAGUUCAUAUCGGUUGCCCAAGAAAAUGACACGCCUAGAUGACGUAGAGGAGUUCGAGUCUACAAUGAGAAAAGAUGGGAAUGGUCAGGAUCAACGGCUUUUUCUGUUCAAAUCACCGGUUCACUUCGAGACAGAUAGGGUUGAAGAUGUUUUUGAUGAAAGCAGUGUAGAAAAAUGUGAAGAAUGGAUCAAUGACAAGGCUGCCUCGAGAAGCUCUAGAAAGAGCAGGAAGGCAUCUGGAAAGAGACAGAGGAUGAGAUCCGUUUCUAAGGAGGGAACAAAUGUGAAGGAUGUCGAAUCUACAAUGUACUACGGAGGGUCAUUAGAUAAUUCUCAAAACGAAAAUCUCAGAUAUCAUCACCGCCGAAAGCAUCACAAGAGGACUCCACCGAAUGAAACCCGAAAGUCAUUGGGAGCACAAGCAAGAGUAGGCCAACCAUGCCACCGUGUCAACAAUGGAGAGGCCGGAAUUGUCCACGAAUGCAACUUGGAAGAUCCAUGUUAUUUCUGCACUAGUGACGACAAAGACAAAUGUGGAAGCCGAGCGUUGCCUAAAGAGACUAAAAAGAAAGUUGGGAAAUCAGGUGGAUUUGGUCAUGCCCCUUACCUCCUAAGGGCCAUGACCAUGCCUGUUGAAAGAUCAAGCGAUUGUCCCAUGGUAAGGUCGAAUACGUUCGCGUUUCAACAGGCUAGUCACAUCCAUCCUAAGCUGCCGGACUACGAUGAGUUAGCAGCGAAGUUCACGGCUCUGAGGAAAGCAAAUCUGGAAUGCAAGAGCAACCAAGUUACUUCAGCAGCAUGAGGGGUGUCUUGUGCUGGUCUAGAUUCCAAUAUUGUGUUUUCUUUUUUGUUUCAGUGUCCUGUUUCAUUGAACUUUUUUCCCUCACCUGUUUUGUAACAAGUAGUGAGUGAGAAUAGUGAUACCUUCUUUUUCCCCCUCAAAAUAUGUUUGGCUUCAAGUA